AUGGCGUCGCGCAACUGGGGCAGGGGCGGCGGCUACCGCGGCGGCUGGGGCGGCCGCGGUGGCGGCGUCUUCGUGCGCCCCGAGAACGCGCUCAAGCGAGCAGAAGAGCUGGUCCUGGUCGGGCAGCGGCAUGCCGCGCUGCAGACGCUGCACAACGUGCUCACCAGCGGCAGGCGCAACCGGACGUGGAGCGCCACCUUCGAGAGCAUCCUGUUCAAGCACCUGGAUCUGUGCUGCGAGAUGAAGCGGGGGAGGUACGCCAAGGAGGCGCUGCAGCAGUACCGGAACAUGUGCCAGGCCGUGAACGUGGGGUCGCUGGAGGACGUGAUCAAGUACUUCCUGCGCAAGGCGGGCGAGCGGGCGGAGGAGGCCAAGGCCGUGGUGGAGGCGCAGUCGCUGGAGGUGGGCGACCUGGAGGUCGCCGCCACGCCAGAGGACAUCAUGCUGAGCUACGUCAGCGGUGAGAAGAGCAAGGACCGCACCGACCGCACCAUGGUCACGCCCUGGUUCCGCUUCCUGUGGGAGGCGUACAAAAACACGCUGGACAUUCUGCGCCACAACUCGCGGCUGGAGGGCCUGUAUGCCAUGGCGAUCAACAAGGCCCUGCAGUUCUGUCUGCAGUACAAGCGCACGUCAGAGUUCAGGCGCCUGUGCGAGCUGCUGAGAAGCCACCUGGCGAACAUUCAAAGGAGAGCUCUGUAUGGCAAGGACCAGAGGGACAGGCCCGACCUGACUAAUCUGGAAACCCUGACACUCUACGUGGAAACCCGAUUUGAACAACUGAAGACGGCCUGUGAGCUAGGGCUGUGGCAGGAGGCGUUUCGCUCUGUGGAGGACAUCAAUGGCCUGGUGGCCCUCAACAAAAAGAUUGUGAAGCCCCAGAUGAAGGCCAUGUACUAUGCCCAGCUCACACGCAUCUUUGCUGUCUCCGAUGAGAGUCUGGUGUAUUGCGCGUACGCUUGGCAGAAGGUCUUCAACCUAACAUUCACCUACAACCUGAAGCUGCAGCCAUCAGAUGUGCAGGUGAUGGCAUCCUCGGUCAUGCUGACAGCCCUGUCCAUCCUGCCCUACCAACGAGGCUUCAUCGCGUCCUUCACAGAGAUCCGGUCUGAACAUGAGAAGGAGCGUAGGAGGCGGCUCUCCAAUAUCCUGGCGAUCGGCAUUGAGAACCAGUACGAUGGCCAAGAGGUGUACUCCCGCGAGUCCUUGCUGGCCGAUCUGUCCCGGCCCAACUUCCUGGCACUGGUGCCGCCCCCAAUCCAGCAGCUGUUCUGCCUGCUGGAACAGGAGUUCAUGCCCCUGGAGCUGUGCACCAAGGUGGAGGCCAUCUUGGCAGACCUGGAGUCCCUUGAGGCCCCCGUGUCACCUGCCUGCCCCGUCCAGAAGGUCGAAUUUGGGCACCAUAGGGCACCCAUACGGCAGGUGGCCGUGCUGAACAUGCUGAAGCAGCUCUCCAGCGUGUACUCAACAUUGACGAUGGACAAACUGGCAGCCCUUGUGCCCUUCAUGUCCUUUGGGGAGGUGGAGGCCAUCAUCGUUGACGCUGUGAAGAACAACUUCCUCAAGAUUCGUGUCGAUCACAAGGAGAAGAUGCUGCAUUUUGGCGGGGAAACGCUGGACUCCGAAAAGUUCCAUGGCCACCUGUCCAUCGUUUCAAAGAACUUGAGUAUGGCCCUGAAGAUGAUUAAACCUGGGACCUCUGUCAACAAAGAGAAGAAGCUGGCAAGGGCCUUGGAACUGGCCAGGGAGAAAGUCAAUGAGGAGCACUCGUAUGCAUUGGCACGCAAGGAAAUGAUCGAGCGCCGCAAGGAGGAGCAGGAGCAGUUUCUGCUGGAAAAGGAGCGCGCAGAGGAACGGAAGCGGCAGGAGCAGGCAGAGCAGGCUGCUGCAGCCGAGGAGCUGCGCCGCAGGCAGCAGGCGCUCAUGCGUGAACAGGAGAGGAUACAGCGGGAGCUGGAAGAGAGGGAGAUGGAGGAAGCAAAGGCGCUGCUGGGGAACAGGAAGAUCAAAGGCGGGGAGAAGAUGGACAGGAAGAAGAUCAUGCAUGAUGCCCUGACUGAGAAAGUUAAAGAGCAGCAAGACCUUGCCAAGAAGCUGGUGAAGCUUUCAAGGGACAUGGAGUACUUUGUGCGUGCCUGCCGUGAGGAGGAAGUGAAACUCAUUCACCAAUCCUAUGAGGCACGCAAGGUGGAGGACAAGGAGUUCCAUGAAGAGGAACACAAGCGGCUGUCUGUGGUGAGAAAGAAGGCCUGGGAGUUGGACAUCGCAGAGAAGCACAGGCUGGCUCGCAUGGCAGACGCGAAGGACACCUUCAUGUCACAGAUUAUCUCGCGCCGCAGCGAAGAGUUUGAGCAGCUGCGUGCUGCCAACGAGGCCAGGAGAGCGGAGCAAAUGAGGCAACGCAAGCAGGAGAGGGAUUUCAAGAGGAAGUCCAGGUUUGUGGAGCAGUGCCGACUGCAAGUUGAGGAGGCGGUUCAAGAGGAGGAAGAGAGGCUGAAGAAGGAGGAAGAGGAGGAAAAGGAGCGAAGGAGGAAAAAGAUUUUGGAAGAGAAGAAGGCCGCUUAUGAAAGGGAUCUUGAGGCGGCCAGGAAGAGGGAGGCUGACGAUGAGGAGAGGAGGGCACAGGAACGAUUGAGGGGAGGCUACGAAAGGCGGCCCGCCGAUCGCCCCUCGGCAACCGACGAAGGCCGGUGGGGGCGCAAGGAGCCCGUGGCGCCACCCGCGGACUCCUCCGGCCCCGCCAAGAGUGGCUACCUCCCCCCGCAUCUCCGCAAAGGCUCCGCCGCCGCCGCGGACAGGGGCCCCGCGCCGCCGUCUGCCCCCCGGCCCGACAACGCUGACCGCGACCCCCGGCCCCCGGAGAGGGACGAUCGACCUGGGGAUCCCCAGGCGAGGGCCAGGGCAGAGAGGGAAGAUGCGCCAAGGGAGCGGGAGGAACCCCCCAGGGCGGGCCCGGACACGGACAAAUGGACGCGUUCCGGGCCCACGGUUCCGGAGCCCGACCGCUGGCAGCGCGGCGGACCGCCCAGGGAUGCGUACCAGAGGUCCGGGGAUUCCUACCAGCCUCCGGGGGCCAGGGGGGAGGGGGGAUUUGACAGGGGUGGCUAUGGGGGGCGUUACGGGGAUCGUUACGGGGGCGGGGACCGUUACGGGGGCGGGGACCGUUACGGGGGCGGGGACCGUUACGGGGGUGGGGACCGUUACGGGGGUGGGGAUCGUUACGGGGGUGGGGACCGUUACGGGGGUGACAGGAGGGGGGGAUUUGGUACGGGGUUCCAGGACCGGGGUCCCGGGUAUGGGGACAGGAGGGACGGGGAGAGGGAUGGGGGGGACAGGCCGAGCGGCAGGGGGGGAUCCUACGUGCCGCCCUCGCAGAGGGCCGGGGCCAGGGAGGAGCCUGAGGGGCGCAGGGGCGGGGCCCGGUGGUGA